CACACUCAGAGCUCUGUCUCCUGAUUGGUCACUUCUUUAGAAUAGCAGUUAUACAGUAAUUCAGGUUUAUAUCAGUCUUCUCACUCUGAUGUUUCCAUGCUCCUGUCCUUCCUGAUGGUGUCACGUCUCCGCUGUGAGGGACAUCAAAGGGAUUUGAUUUGGAUAUUUAGCUUAUGUUCAGUAAAGAGCACCUCAUCACCUGAACACCUUUUUACAUCAUCACAUAAUACUGCUCUCUGACACCAAAACCUUCUUCUGCAGGGCAUCAUCUCAUCUCUGAAUCACCAUGGUAUCUGUUCAGGUCCUGUACCUGCUGCUCUCAGCUUUCUCUUCUCCAGUCCAGAGCCACCUCAGUGCCUUCCAUGUCAUUCCGGGGAACAUGAGUCACACUGAGGCUCAGGCAGCUUGCAAAGGAAAUUACAGCGACAUCGUCACUGUGUACUCUCAUAAAGACAACACUGAUCUGGCAAAAAUGCUAAUGAUGGCCGGGGUUGAUGGUGGAUGGAUCGGUCUCCAUUACAAUGAGCGGAGUGAGAAAUGGUCUAAUGGUGAUCCUGUAACAUACAGAAAUCUGGCAGAUAGCUGCAACACAUGGAUCUUCUGUGCUGCUAUGAAGGCUGAUGGUGCAUGGGAAAGUCUUAAUUGCUCACAGAAAAAAUAUUUUAUGUGCUAUGAACAAGCUGUUUCUCCACUGAAUUAUUAUCUGGUCCUGGAGAAUAAGAACUGGUCUGAAGCUCAGCAUUACUGCAGGAGGAAUUACACUGACCUGGUCAGCAUUCCAAAUCAGCAACAAAAUGAAAAAGUGAUGAAAGAAAGAAAGAACAUCACUGAUCCCUUCUGGAUCGGCCUGCAGUGUGAUGGCUGGAACUGGGCUGAUGGAGGAAACUCUGCCUAUAGAAACUGGUCAGAUGAACCUCAGCUAACAGACAGUUGUGUAGUACUGCGUGAAGGAGGAAACUGGGUGGUGGAGUCGUGCAGAAAUAAGAACUCAGCUCUGUGCUACAAGUCUUCCAUCCAUGUGAGUGAUGAGGCUAUGAGCUGGGAGCAAGCUCUGGAUUACUGUCAGAAGGGGAACAGAACUGGAUUUCUGACCAUCACUUCUGGAACUACACAGAAAGAGGUGGAGCAUGAGCUCUGGAGGAGGCGUGUCUCUGACCCUGUGUGGGUGGGGCUUAGAAAGAGUCGCCUCUUCGGGUUCUGGAUAUGGACCAAUAAGAUGGCAGUGUAUCCGUACUCGAACUGGGAUGAAGGGAACCCACCUGAGGAUCUGCUCUCUCAGCACUGCGGCGCUGUCAAUCCUCAGAAACAGUUCAAAUGGGAAGACCUGAACUGUCUGUCUGAAUAUAGAGCUAUGUGUCAUGUGUGUCUGUGACACACACACACACACACUCACUCAA